GGCUACAGUCUGUGGGGUUGCAAAGAGUCGGACACAACUGAGUGACUAAACAACAACAAAAUCUUCACUGAUGGCUUCACGGCUAGAAUUCCGGAGCUGGAGAGGGUCUCUGUUCAAGGCAGAUGGGGUUUGGAGCUCUGAAUGCAAGGAGUGCACUCAUUCAUCUUUGUAUCUUAGCACACUGUGGAGCCGCCCGUUGGGGUCCUCUGAAUGAGUAGGCGCUUGAUCUAAACCUGCCCUCCUCCCGUCCACUCUUCCUCAAUUUCCUCCCCCUUCCUCUGCCUUACAUCUCUUGCUGCUGCUGUUUGCUCACCUGAGUAAGUUUAACCUAGACUCCUCCAAGGGCGGUCUGGAACAGCAGGAAGGGAGGGAGCUAGGGGAGUGCAGAGGACUGAGUUGUUCAUUCUGCCUGGGGAGGGGCCGUGAGUACAGAACGCUGCAGGAGGCCUCCCUGCAACAGGAAACAGGACUGCUCCUGCAGGCCGCACACAGCCAGUGACCUGAUCCUUCCCUGAGUGAGGGCACCUGUGGAAGACUGACCUCCAACUUCGUGAUGGGUGUGCUGGAAGAUGGCGUGACCUCCAGUGGCGUGACCUCCAACGGCGUGCCCCGAUCGACAGCCCCGAGUGGAAUAUCCAACCCAGAGAAGAAGAUGAGCUGUGGGACCCAGUGCCCGAACCCUCAGAGCCUCAGCUCGGGCCCCCUGGCCCAGAAACAGAACGGCCUCCGGACCGCAGAGGCUAAAAGGGACACUAAGCGGACGUCUGCAAAAGAAGUCACCAUUAAUGUCGCAGACAGCAUCCGACAGGUGGACAGAGGUCGAAGAAUCACAAAGAACUGCAUCAACUAGCAGAGUGUUCCACCAGCUGAAGGGCAGAGGGACUUCCCUGGUGCCCUUCACAUCCUGGAUAUCGUCAAGGAACCCUGAAGAAGAGCUUGCCCGUGCUCCGUGGGAGCACGGCCGAGGGCUUCGGGAUGCUGUCUCCGCCGGUUGAGACAUUCUCAGCCUCCUGUAUAUCGCAUAAAUGCACUGGCACAGUGUUCGCAUAGGGUAAUAAACCACAAAUAUGUGUUCAGUUCGCCUCUUGUAACUCCUGCAGUGUGGUCUGAUAGAAAAAUGGUGAGCAAAAGCCACGGGCCAGUUUAGGGAACAGCAAAGUAGGAGGGGGUUCCGGCUGAGUCGGCUCUGUGCUCUCCUGGCCACGGUAGUAUGCCCCGCUUAAGGCCACCUGAUUCCUUCAUUCUUCCUUUUUUUAAAGUACUACUAUCACAAAGCUUACUUAACAGCUGGCUUUCACCCAACUUUCUAGAAUGAGGAAUCAAGAAACAGGAAAACUGUUACUCUUGUUUCCUUAGCUCAGCAUGAGACAGAUUCAGAUCCAAUUUUAUAUGAACCAACCCCACCAGCAACCGAUGUGUCCCCAGGAGGCCUCGGGGAUACUGUCACACCCAUUUCUCUCUCACUUGUCUUCAGCAUCCCCCCAGGCCGGGGUCCACAUCAGCCUCUGAACAACAAUAUUACAAUUUUGGUCACUUCAGAUGCCCUCAGGGCUCUGUAGACGUUGCAUUUUUCCAGUUUUUCACUUGGCUUGUUUUUUUGAGUAUUUUUUCUCCCCAGUAAGACCUUUGGCCCAAUCAAAGAGUGGGCUCACAAGAGGGAGAAAAUCUGGGACAUGUUGGCUUCCCUUAGGCCUCUUUGCAUAGCUCAGGACUGUGUCAUUUGGUAUCUGCAAAGAAAUCCCUUUAGGAAGUUAGUACCUGGUUGGUGUGAAGUCACAUGGGCUUUAGAUCAACAUGUACUCUGUUAGAAGUCAAGUAGCUGAGGGGGUAAAUAAAAAAAAUUUUUUUGAUAGGAAUAAAAUUUUCUAGCAUUUCUUUAAACAUGUUAAGUGGACGUAUUUUCCUCCAAAGUAAUGUAGCUGAUUUUUAAAGGACUGUCAACAUGUCUGAGGUUGGGAAAGGCAGGACUAAAGUUGUACUGAAUGAUACCAAUAAACUCCGUGUUUAGCAGAAA